UGACACGAGGCGUGGGCCGUUUUCGGGAGAUUCUCCGAGCUGUGGAGAACAGAACCACCCAGAGCCUGCGCAUGACUAUAGCCAGACAGCUAGCAGAGAUCCUGCUCAGAGGGAUGUGUGAACAGAGUUACUGGUCUCCUCUGGAAGACCCGCCCACCGUGUCGCCAUUGGACGACCCCACACGGCAGGGACACACCAUCAGCAAGAACUACAGCCUGAGCCGACGCGCCCGGGUCUACUCGGGAGAGAAUCUGUUCUGCCCUCAGGAGAACACAGAGGAGGCUCUGCUGCUGCUGCUGAUCAGCGAGUCCAUGGCUAACCGGGACGCCGUCCUCAGCAGGAUCCCUGAACACAACAAUGAUCGCAUCAUCAGCCUGCAGUCGGCCUCGGUGGUGUACGACCUGCUGACAAUCGCUCUGGGCAGGAGGGGGCAGUACGAGAUGCUGUCAGAGUGUCUGGAGAGAGCCAUGAAGUUUGCCUUCGAGGAGUUCCACCUGUGGUACCAGCUCGCUCUGUCGCUAAUGGCUGCUGGGAAAUCAGCGCGGGCCGUUAAAGUCCUGAAGGAGUGCAUCCGUCUGAAGCCCGACGACCCCACCAUCCCACUGCUGGCUGUCAAGCUGUGUAUCGGACCCCUACACUGGCUGGAUGACGGGGAGUGCUUUGCCAACAUUGUGAUUGACAUGGGGGAGAAAGCAGCAGAGUUCAGAGCCAAAGGCUACCUGGCCAUCGGGCUGGUGUACAGCCUGAAAGCCACUGACGCCUCGUUGCGGAGCACGCAGGAGGAGUACCAGAGGAAAGCUUUGGGAGCCUUCCAGAGAGCUCAGAGUCUGUCUCCCACUGACCAUCUCGCAGCCUUCUACCUGGCGCUGCAGCUCGCCGUCUCCAGACAGAUCCCAGAGGCUCUAGGCUACGUCCGACAGGCGCUGCAGCUCCAGGGCGAUGACGUCCACUCCCUCCACCUGCUCGCCCUGCUGCUCUCCGCUCAGAAACACUACCACGACGCGCUCAAUAUCAUAGAGAUGGCUCUGUCCGAGUACCCCGAGAACUUCAAUCUGCUGUACACCAAGGUGAAGCUGGAGUCCAUGUGUAGAGGACCGGAGGAAGCUCUGCUCACCUGUAAACACAUGCUGCAGAUCUGGAAGAGCUUUUACAACCUCACUAACCCCAGUGAUUCGGGCCGUGGCAGCAGUCUUCUGGACAGAGCCAUAGCAGACAGACGGCAGCUCAACGCCAUGACCCUGCCUGACUUCAGCGACCUAGACACAGUCUCAGGUUCUUCUUCAUCCCACUGUAGUUGUGAACCCGUCUCCCCCACUUCCCCUUCCACCAUUUCCACACUCUCCUCCCCUCUGUCCUCCCCCACUUCCCCUUCCACCAUUUCCACACUCUCCUCCCCUCUGUCCUCCCCCACUUCCCCUGUCUUCAUCCUCCAGCCUCCUCCUUUCCCACACAGAAACUAUGUUGAUAUACGUAGAGGAUCUGCGGCUCACGACAUUGUCAAAGUUGAGCAACUGUCGAAUGAUCUUACUGAUGUUGCUGAUGUAUGGAAGCCCUGA